GUACAGUAACGAAGUAUUUUACUCCGUUGCUUCCCACCUCUGCAUCACAAUAAUGUGUUAUAUGUAAUAUUCUUCUUGAAUAUUGAUAAAGUAUAAGACUUAUAAAAGAUUAAUGAUCUAGGAAUCUGUAAAUGAACAUUAACAUGAAACUACAGGCUGAAAAAUGUGUCACUUUGCUCGGCAGUGAUACGUCGUUACUUUCCCAGGGAACAAAAGGAGUCUGGGGAUGGAGGGAUGAGUAACAGAAUAAAAGUUUCUCGUGAUUCCAGCAGCCUCCUGUCUGAAGAUCUGCUGCUGUGUCCGAUCUGUGUGUAUGUGUUCACUGAUCCAGUCACCACUCCAUGUGGACACAACUUCUGUAACAGCUGCCUUACAUGGUGCUGGGACAAGAGUCAACACUGUCUCUGUCCAUUAUGUAAUCAGAAAUUCACCAAGAGACCUGAACUGAAGAUUAAUACAACAAUGAGAGAGGUUGCAGAUUACUUCAAGAAGAAAAGAGUUUCCACAGAACUGAAGAGGAUUCAGCAGUAUGCAGUGGAUGUGACUCUGGAUCCUGAUACAGCUCAUCCUGAUCUCAUCCUGUCUGCUGAUGGAAAACAAGUGACACAUGGAGACAAACGACAGAAUCUCCCUGAUACAACACAGAGGUUUAAUACAUAUGUUAAUGUUCUGGGAAAGCAGAGUUUCUCCUCAGGGAGAAUUUAUUAUGAGGUGCAGGUCAGAGGGAAAACUGACUGGGAUCUUGGAGUGGCCACAGAGAACAUUAACAGGAAGGGGUAUAUUACACUGACUCCUCCGAAUGGAUUCUGGACUGUGACCCUGAGGAAUGAGAAUCAGUAUCAGGCUUGUGCUGGUCCCUCUGUCCCCCUCACACUGAGAGAGAAGGUGGAGGUUGUGGGGGUGUUUGUGGAUUAUGAGGAGGGUCUGGUCUCCUUUUAUGAUGUAAAGUCCAGCUCUCAUAUCUACUCUUUCACUGGUCAGCCUUUCACUGAGAAACUCUAUCCAUACUUCAGCCCUUGUAAUAAUGGAGGAGGUAAAAAUUCAGCACCACUGAUCAUCUCUCCUGUAUUUAAAACCGAAUGAAUUUUCACCAAACAAAAUCAAUCACCUGUUAAAUGUUGAGAAUAAAAAUAAAUAAUCUUCUAUUUUGUGAAUUUUUGAAAUACAUAUUCCCUUUUAAAAUGUUGUACAGAUUAUUUUAAUACUUGGUUUUAAUUGUACAGUCUGUUAUUUAUGAUUAUGUGACAUUAUGAUUGUGGAACUUUGUCAUUACAAAUCACAUAUAAAUAAAGAUCAUUUACAGUUUA